AUGGCCUCCUCCAGCAACCCUCACCAACCAGACAUGUCCAACUCCUCGCCUCCAGCUUCCCUCAUCGACGGCCAAUUCCAAUCGGUUCAAACGCCCGACGCCGCUUCUUCCACCGCCGGCGAAUCGCAGGCAAUGUCGACGCCAUGGCCGUGCCCCGCGUCAGACCAUCUCAUCCAAAUCGCCGCCAACUCGCCCUUGAAGAAAAUCCCAGGGUUGACAUCUGAGCCAGAUGUCGCGUCGCCGCUCCCGCCGCUUCCUCCGCCAAUAGCAGCGUCGCCUCUGCAGGAGCUGACUUCAAAUGAUGUCGCUGGCGUGCCUUGUCUUUCUAGCAAUACAUUGCAUGCCGUUCCGGGCUUCGCCUCUCCGCCUCCCGUGCGGCUGGACGUGGAUGGCGAAGGCGGGUUUGCGCAACUUCUCGCCUCCGCGGAUUCCGCCGUUUCUUCCGCCAUUCCCCCUACCUUCGCGCUGGACACGCAGUCCACGGAGCUGGGAGCUGAGCUCGGCGCGCUUCCGUCGCGCAGCUUCCCACUCGGGGGGGUUGCUGGGAGCGGAGAGCGGUGGCGCGCGCUUCCAGCGGCGAGGAUUGCGGGGAGCAGAGAGGGCUGGGGGGCUCGAAGAGACUUCCUGGAAAAGGCGCUGCAGCCGCCCGUUGCAGCAGCGGAGAAUGUAACGGGGCAGUUUGUAGCGAGACAUGCUGUAGCAGGGCAGGCUGUAGCGGGGCAGCCUGUAGCAGGACAGCUUGUAACGGGGCAGCUUAUAGUUGGGGAGGGAGAGGCGACCAGAGCAGUUGGCGGGGGCGCAGGGGGAAGCGCGGAGGGCACGUGGGGAAGGGCGGGGGGCACUGGGGGAGAUGCGCACUGCGUAGGCGCGAAUGGGGAGGGCGCGGGGCGGAGGGAUGAGAGCGCGCGGUUCUGGGAGAGCUACGUGGCGGAAAGGGCAGUGGCGGCGGGGGAGAUGGUGCAGCGGAAUUGGGGGGAGGAGGGGAGGGGGUGGUGGGGGUGCAUGUGGCGGUUUUUGAAUGACAUUGCUGAUGACUGGCGGGACGAAUCCAGGCUGGUGGUGAUGAUGGAGCGAUACAAGGUCUCAGUAGACUGCUUCUUUGCAGUGUGGUUUGUGCUCGGCAAUAUCUGGGUUUUUGGCGCCAACUCUGCUGCCCAGGCCGCCCCCAGACUCUACAAUCUGAGCGUGGUGUUUCUGACUUUGAGCUGCAUCAGCUACGCCAUGCCCUUCCUCCUCUGCGCCACCAUCUGCUGCUGCCUGCCCUGCAUCAUCACGCUCAUGGGCUUCGAUAACGAUAUCGCCUCCAUUUCUCCAGCUUCUAAAGGCGCUGCUCCUGACGAGAUCGCCUCGCUGCCGUGCUUUAAGUAUAAGGAGCUGAAGCGGAGGAGGAAGGGGGGGAGUGGCGGGGGUGGGAAGGGGAGCAGCAAGGGGAGUGGUGAGAUCAGAGAGGAGGUGGGGUUGCUGUGGGCUGGCACGGACAAGGAGCGAGUGGUGCAAGGGGAGGAUGCGGUGUGCUGCAUCUGCCUAGGGCACUACAAGGAUGGGGCGGAGCUGAGACAGCUUCCCUGCAACCACCACUUCCACCAAUCCUGUGUCGACACGUGGCUGCGCAUUAACGCCAGCUGUCCGCUCUGCAAAGUGGACAUCAGCGGGCGGCCCAAGGAAGCUGUGGAUCCCGUGCUAGCAAACGAAUUUGCAGCAGCCUCCUUUGUCUAA